UCCCGGCGCCGCACGCGGGUCGCCCAGCUGGCUGCCACCCCUCCCAGCCAGGCCGCCACUCCUCCGAGAUCCCGCCCCCGCCUCGCCUCGCCUCGCCGCGCCGACGCACGGAUCUCGUCUCGCCGUCCGCCCCGUCGCGAUGCACAGGCGCGCCCCCGCCGCGGCCCUCCUCGUCGUGCUCGUGCUCUCCGUUUCCGUUUCCGUCUGCGCUGCCGCCGACCAGGUCGCUAAUGGCACUGGCAGGAAUGGCACCGGCGCCGGCGCUGCCCGACUGGACCGUCGCACCAAGAUGUUCCUCCAGACGGCGCGGGCGCGCGGGGACGCUGCUGCGGCGCAGGAGCCAGGGCUUGGGCUCUUCGACGCCUUCUUUGCCAGCCUGUUCAUCAUCGUCGUCAGCGAGAUUGGGGAUGAGACGUUCAUCAUCGCGGCACUGAUGGCGAUGCGGCACCCCAAGUCGACAGUGCUCUCUGGUGCACUGUCGGCGCUGGUCGUUAUGACAGUGCUGUCAACUGGGCUAGGCAUAAUUGUUCCAAAUUUGAUAUCAAGGAAGCACACUAACAGCGCAGCAACUGUCCUUUAUGCAUUCUUUGGGCUACGUCUGCUGUACAUUGCCUGGAGAUCAGAUUCCAAGGCAUCGCAGAAAAAGGAAAUAGAAGAACGUCGUGGUCUUUGUUCAUCGUAUAUGUUAACAUAUACAAGUAGAGGAAAAGCUGGAAGCAGGUCAAGGGAAGUCAACAUUUAGACGUGUUUUCUCGAGAUUCUGCACUCCUAUUUUCUUGGAGGUAGAUUUCCCUCCCUUCUCAUUUUACACUAUUACAUUUCGUAGAAACUUACAUUUGCUGGGGCCAGCUGCUCAUGACACUGGCAUUUUGGAAUGGAUGGAGAAAUC